AAGGUAAUUUAAUCGGACAGCUCAUGGCAUUGAAACGAAGAACACGACACUCCAAAAACCGGCCAAAAAAAUAUAGAAAGUUUCUCAUUCAAUUCGUUUUUUUUUUUGGUCUUUCAAUUCAAGAAACCCAAUGACAUGUCUUUUCCCCUUGUUACCCUUUAUCACUUAGAUUUUCAUCGUACUGUAUGUGUAAGAAUCUGUACAUAACAAAACAAACCCCUGCACAGUAUCAGUACUCAUCAGCAAGACGAUACACAGAGAGGUAUCAUUAACGCAAAGGGGUGUGGUCUAUUUUCAUAAGCUCAAGUCAGAGACCCAAGUUUAGGGUUAGCUCUAUAACCUUUUUUCUGGGGUUGUGUUUAGAUUAGUAUUGACAAUGGGAAGAAAUCUUAGCCCAGUGCUCCGGAGAGAGUUAGAAAAUCUGGACAAGGAUGCCGAAUGUAGGAAAUCAGCAAUGAAGGCACUGAAUUCUUAUGUAAAAGAAUUGGAUUCGAAGGCAAUUCCGCAUUUUCUUGUACAGAUUUCUGAGAAAAAAGAAACCGGGAUAUCAUCCAGGGAACACAUAAUACCACUUUACGAAGUUCUUGCUCAUGUCCAUGGCCCGAAAAUUGUCCCUCACAUUGAUAGCAUCAUGGCUACCAUCAUCAAGAACUUAACUUCAAGUGCUGGAUCUUUUGCACUUCACCAGGCUUGCUCAAAGGUGGUUCCAGCUAUUGCUAGGUAUGGGAUGGAACCAACAACCCCAGAAGAGAAGAAGAGGCAUAUAAUUCACUCUCUCUGUAAGCCUCUCUCAGAUUCUCUUUUGGGUAGCCUAGACAGCCUAUCUUCUGGAGCUGCCCUCUGUUUGAAGGCUCUCGUGGACUCAGAUAACUGGCGGUUUGCUUCAAAUGAGAUGGUCAAUGAAGUUUGUCAGAGAGUUGCUGGGGCUUUGAAGAACCCAACCCUGACCAAGUCACACAUGGCUUUAGUCAUGGCUUUGGCUCAGAAAAGUAGUCUACUUGUUGAAGCAUAUGCUAGAUUGUUAAUUCACUCUGGUUUACGGAUUUUGGAUGCUGGUGUUGCAGAGGGUAAUUCUCAGAAAAAGCUAUCAGCCAUUCAAAUGGUAAAUUUGUUAAUGAAGUGUUUGGACCCGAAAAGCAUAUUUUCAGAGCUUGGGUUGGUAAUAGAGGAGAUGGAAAAGUGUCAGUCUGGUCAGAUGGCUUAUGUUAGAGGAGCUGCAUUUGAAGCACUGCAAACAGCAAGAAGACUAGCCACUGACAAAGGCUCAAAGUUUGAGAGUAAUAUGGGUUCAAUUACUGGGGCUAAUGUUGGCAGAAGAGGUAACAGUCGAAUGAGAAAUUUAUGGGGUAGUGAAGAUCAAUCACCACUUACUGCGUCACCUGAAUCGCAGACUGUUAAUUCAUUAGUUGGGUAUAAUUCUUUAAGUGAAUCACCAAUGUCAGGAAGUCAGACCUCUCCGGACUCGGAUUAUGACCAAAGGAGUGUGAACCAGAAACUUUGGAGGAUUUACCAGAAUGGUGGUGUGGAUGUAUCUGUAAGGGACAGGCUAUUUUCAGAGGUACAUGAUGAAUUUAGUGAUGACCGAGGAGAUGAAUUCAUCGGACUUUUACAGCGAAGUCCACAAAUUGGAGUUGUGAGAGGCACCACUCCCGGCCCUCAGGGAUCAUGCUCUCACAUCAACGCUGACAAUGUCAAGAUCUUCACAACUCCAAGAAAGCUAAUUUGCUCUGUUCAGGAACCAAACGAUGUGGACUUCUUCGAGAACCAAACCAGGAGGUUUACAAGUCCAUCAAGCAAAUUAGAACGGAUUUCCACAUCUAGGUAUGACCAAAAUGGCCUAUCACAAGAUGCAAAUGAUGAGACCGAAACAUAUGGAAAUUUGUCUAUUGAUGGUGAACAGUUCCAUGAUAGCUCAGAGUCAGUGUAUUCAACAGAAGAUGUCCGUGCGGAUUCUGAUCUUCAAGAGUCUCCAAAUGUGAGACCUGGAAGUAAAACUGAAUCACAAGGUAUUAAUGUUCGAAAACAUCUUCGGAAACGUACUGUCAACAUCUUUUGUGGUCUCUUUGUACUCCUAUUUGCAGUUUUUGUUUGUUUCUUGUUGAUUGAUGACCCGGAUGAAGGCCUUUAUCUUGUUCCCACCUAAUUUUACUUUAUGGUGUAUGGUAAUCAAAAUUGGAUUUUGAUCAAUGGUAGAAUCAUUUGGUAAAAAUUUUGCCCUCUAAAACUUACGAGC